UUUUCAUUCGGAAGUUAGCACGUUGUGGAAUAAAAACUUCCACAAUGCAAAUUUUCGUGAAAACUCUCACUGGUAAAACCAUCACCCUCGAGGUUGAGCCAUCUGAUACAAUCGAAAAUGUAAAAGCUAAAAUUCAAGACAAAGAAGGUAUUCCCCCAGACCAGCAACGUUUGAUCUUCGCUGGAAAACAACUCGAAGAUGGACGUACAUUGUCUGACUACAACAUCCAGAAGGAAUCCACCCUUCACUUGGUGCUCCGAUUGAGAGGAGGUCUCAUUGAACCUUCCCUUCGUAUUUUAGCCAUGAAAUACAACUGCGAGAAAAUGAUCUGCCGUAAAUGUUACGCCAGAUUACACCCAAGAGCCACCAACUGCAGAAAGAAGAAAUGUGGACACACCAACAACUUGCGCCCCAAGAAGAAGCUAAAAUAGACUAUUAUGAGGUUAUUUUUUACAAUGUUAAUAUCUUACAAUUCCAGAUGUUACUUGAAAAUUUAUUUAACUAAUUAUAGGAAAUAACAUCCAUCCU